UAUUUGGCGCGCAUAUGGAUGUUGGAUGAACACAAUUGCACAAAUUCAUGAUUUCACAUGUCUAAAGGAUUCUUUGUACAUUAAAACGACAUAAAAUUUUGUGCAUUAUCCAGUUGGAAUGUUUUGUUAACAUCGUAGUAACCAAGUUUCAUAAUUUUCAUUAUCAUAGUUUCAAUGUUCAAUAUUUCGUAUACCUCGUAAUCCAGCAAAAUGAAUCGUGCGCGUCGCAAUGUAACUGCUAAAAAGAAACCUAUCGUAGAACACGACGAAAAGGAUGACGACUUUGAGAGCGACGGUUUCGUUGAUAGCCAUGAAGACUUCUCGGCAAGUGAGGAUGAAUGGCUCCCAAAACCGGAAGGUGAAGGUAAAGGUGCUAAUCACACAUCUCCAUCGGAUUGCGAAGAAGUAGAUACUUCACACGAUGAAGAAACUUCAGAUGACGACGGGGACAGCGAUGGGAGCGUUGUGGCACCGUAUCAAAAUUAUAAAAAGAAGCGGCGUAUGAAAAAAUCAUCUACGCAAGUCCAGACAAAAAGAAAGCGCCUUUCACCAGGAACAAGGAAUGAGCUAUAUAAGCGAACUAAGAAUCAACUGCUGAAGGAAUUGAAUCCCGAGUUGCCGCCGUUGAAUGCAAGUUUGACUGAAAUUCUUAAACAGUGUCAGUUCAGGAAGAAAAAAGUAAUCACUCGGUCUGCAGAACCAGCGGCUACUACGAGCAAGAAAAAAGUGAACGAUGAUUCGGAUAGCAGCGGUGACGAUCAUUUGAUCAAUCCCGAAAAACUUGAUUUGAAUUCAAAAUUUUUCGAUAAGGUUGAGUCGAUGAAAAAUAACACACCGCCGCCAGCAUUCGACUGUAAUGCCGGCAUGAGGCUUUCAGAUAGUUCCGAUAACGAGGAAGAAGUUGAGGGACAACUCCCGAUAUCCAUAGAAAAAAGUGUAGCAGUCAAGCUGAUUAACAAAAUUAAUGACUGCUCGAGCGGUUUCAUGAAUUUCAAUAAUUUGGGGGACUUCAAUAAGAAAGUGGAGGAAGCGAAACAACUGCUGAGAGAUUACCAAGAAAAGAAUUGUUCGAAAUCGAAAUCAGAACAGAAUCCAAAGACAGAUGACGUAUCAAAUUUAUUGGCCCUUGGUGAGGCGGAUACCAGCAAUUCUCCUGGAAAAAUGAUAGAAUCCCGUAAUGCUAGCGACGAAUCGGACUGGGAAGAGGUGGAAAACGUGGAGAAACAUGAUGCUUCCCAAAAAAUAGCAGAAGACUAUCAAGUAACGGUGGAAGUGGGAAUAAAUAAAACGAGAAAACAACGUUGGGAGGAAAUCGAGGUUGAACUUUACAUAAAGCGUCAGAUUAAUAAAGUCAAACGGGACAACCAGUUGGCUUGGCACAAAUGUAGCGUCUUGUGUGCUAUCGCCUUGGGACAAAGGCUUAACGAGCUAAUCAAUUCAAAGCAAAUUCAGGCAAUGACACUAUCCCAUAUGCAGUCUAAGCAAUGCUUAUCUGAAGGAAUUUCGGAUUCAAAAUUUGUGGAACAACUAAUGAAAUGGUUCCAGGGUGUAUUUCAGCUGAAAAGUCAGCAAAUGUUUGAUCCCAAAACAUUCAAUGUACGAUUCAGUUUGGCUUUAGCAUUGUUCUCUCGCAACGUUACCUGUAAACGGGAUUAUAUACUAAUGUUUUUGACAUGUUUGAGGGCAGCUGGGGUGGAAUGUCGAUUAGUAGUUUCCGCCAAUGUUCCACCGAAGCGACCCCCUAUGAAAGAUCUUUGUCCCAUAUCCGAGCGAGAGUUGAUUGAAAAAUUCGAAAAAGAGUUUCGCAAACAUGACCAAAUAGCGGAAGAUGAUGCUCACGAUACAUCUCCAAGUGCUAAAGAUUCAAAUGAUGCGGGUGUUGUAAUUGAUAUUGACCAAAAAUCUUCAGAGGAUGGCCCGAAAUCGAAAAGUCCCAGUCAACCUGAAGCCAAGUCAAUGGAAAGCAGCAUUACCUUGCGAAGCACACAUAAAUCUGAAGUAACUGACAUAAAAAAAGAGAAAACACCAAUCAAGAGUGACAAUCAAACGAUGAAAAGAGUUCGCACACGAACCAAAAGCAAUGAUAUCAAACAACCUAGAGACCUCCCGGAGGUAACCAGGAAGAAAAUUCGACUUUCACCCGUACCCAAUAGACACGAUUCUGAAAUCCCAACGACAGCUAGUCCUCCAGCGAAAGAAAAUGACAAACCAAAGAAAUCUAUCCACAAGCGAGUGUCGCCCCGAAUUGCACAGAGAAGCAUUCGAAACAAUUCUCAAAUGAGGAAUGUCCUCAAUAAUAUCAGUAUUCCUCAGUUGGAUGGUGUCCAUGACUUAGACUCCCCUCCAAAAAGUAUUCCACUUUCUCGAAGAUUACGUAGUCGUGCCACGAAGAAUACGGAAGCAAGCAGAGAUAAAUCUAACAAUACCGGAACGCCUUUCUCCAAACGUGAACAUAAUACACCUCUGGGAAAACAACAAACUGAGAAACAACCACGAAAGGUGUCUAAACGAAAAUUAUUUGUUGUGAACAAUACAGUUCAGGAAACUGCGAAGAAUAAAACGAACCCAGUAAAAUCGACUAAGAACAAAGUCCCCACUAAACAUUCCUCGUCUGAUUCGGAAAACGAUGGGGCCUCUGUUGUAUCAGAAGCUUCAUCGGUAUUUGGACAGACACGACCGAAGGCUAGCGACAAAACAAAGCUGCAUUCAGACCUCGAUAGUGAUUUCGAACCGCCCGAAGGAAAGAAGUCCAAGAAAAUCGUUUUAUCAUCUGGGAAGGCAAAAUCAGAGCCACAAACUAAGACUAAAAAAGUAACCGCAACGAAGAGAGGCGGCAAAAAAACGACGCGAGACACAAGCGUCAGCGCAGUUUCUGCAAAGACCGAUUUGUGGAUUGAAUUUUUCUCCGAAAAAGAUCAGAGGUGGAUCACGGUGGAUCUUUUCAGUGGAAGGAUUGAUUGUGUGGAUACCAUAGUGCGUCAUGCCACCACACCGAUUAGCUACGUGUUUGGGUUCGACAACGGGAACCACAUCAAAGAUAUAACGCCACGCUAUGUACAGCAUUGGAACACGGUUAGCCGUAAACUGCGAGUUGAGCCCAAAUGGCUUAAUAAAGCCCUUAAGCCAUAUCUCGCGGAUAAAACCGAACGCGAAAUGCGGGAGGACACAGAGCUGAAUAAAAUUCACAUUGACAAACCGUUGCCAACAACCAUCGCUGAGUGCAAAAACCACCCGUUAUAUGUGUUGAAACGCCAUCUGCUGAAGUACGAGGCUUUGUAUCCACCGGAGUUACCCAGCCUGGGAUUCGUGCGUGGAGAGGCGAUCUUUGCACGUGAGUGUGUGUUUGUACUCCAGACUCGAGAGAAGUGGUACAAGCAGGGACGCGUAGUGAAGCCUUUCGAGACAGCCUACAAGGUGGUGAAAGCGUGGAAAUACGACAAACCAAACAACGAGUGGAAAUUUCUACCCUGUGACAUUUUUGGAAUCUGGCAAACGGAGGAAUACGAUCCACCGACAGCUGAAAAUGGCAAAGUUCCACGGAACGAGUACGGCAAUGUAGAGCUGUUCACGCCGAAGAUGCUUCCGAAGAAGACGAUUCAUUUACAACUUCCAGGGCUUAACAAAGUUUGCAGACGUUUAGGAAUCGACUGUGCCCCAGCUCUAACAGGUUUCGAUAUGGCUCAGAAACGCAUGGUGCCAGUGUAUGAUGGGUUCGUCGUGUGUGAAGAAUUCGCCGAACAGGUCGCUGAAGAGUGGCUGAAAGAAAUGGAGGAAGAGGAACGCAGAGAACAAGAGAAGCAUGAGAAACGAGUUUACGGUAAUUGGAAGCGUCUAAUUAAAGGACUACUGAUACGCCGAAAGCUGCAAAACAAGUACAAUUUCGAUAAUUCGUGAGCUUUGAUAGCUUUCUUUAUUAUAUUUUAAUAUUUGUAUGUUAUUGUUUGUGCUAUAUCACAGAUUUUUGCGUUAUAAAUUAGAUGUUGCUAAUA